AUGGGCAUCAUCUCAGAUGAUUAUGAUUUGAUUGACUUCUUUGGCGUCCAAGGAGAGGCCGUGAUAAGGCCUCAAGGUGCUAUGCUUAAUGAAAUGCAAUCACUAUCUGAAGAAAAAGAGGGUAGAGAAAGGAAAAGAUCUAGAUUUGUGGACAAAUAUCAUCUUUCUGGGAGUUGUUUUAUAAAGCAGCCAGAUGAGAAAAUGAAAGUGUCUGAGAUGCAGUUUGAUUCAUUGAUAGCCUUUUAUAGAGUGUCUCCCUUCUAUCAAUUUGCUCACCUCACUGCCAAUCAAGCCAUAAUUGAAGCUUUUGAAGGGCACAACCAUCUGCACAUAAUAGACUUUGAUAUCUCCCGUGGUAUUCAGUGGUCUUCUCUGAUUCAGUUCUUGUCUCAUAGGGAAGAUGUUCCAGCCCUUAGCAUACCUGGAAUUGGAAGAGACCUCAAUUUACCGAAUGCCACUGGAAUCCAUCUGAGUAGCUUUGCAAAAAGCCAUGGAUUGACAUCAUUUGAGUUCAACCCAUUUGUUGAAGGCUCUAAGGAAGAAGAAACUGUUGUAGUAAUUUUGGUGUUGUAUUUGAAUAGGCUGCCAAAUUCUCAGAGUUUUUUGUGA